GAAAGGUUCAUUGAGGAAGGAGCGGGAAAAAGGGCUGAGCUGCCCGCGCCUGCGCAAAAGAUGCUGUGGUGCAUGCUGGGCGGGCGUCUUCUUCUUCCUCCUCCUCCUCCUCCUUCCCGCCGUGACUGUGCAGAUACCGGGCGACGAAUUGCCGCUUCUGCCGGCGCUUUCCUGCCGUUUAGCCCCCCCGACGCCCCGUGAGUCGCUGCCGGGAUGGUCGGGGUGAAGGUGAUCGCUAACGACGCCGACUUCCAGAGCGAACUGAGCGCCGCCGGCUGCCGGCUGGCGGUGGCCAAGUUCACCAUGAGAGGAUGUGGUCCUUGUUUGAGGGUAGCUCCUGCUUUCAAUGCUCUGAGCAAUAAAUAUCCCCAAGCAACAUUUUUGGAAGUUGACGUACAUCAGUGCCAGGGUACAGCUGCUACUAACAAUAUAUCAGCAACUCCGACAUUUCUUUUCUUCCGGAACAAAGUGCGAAUUGAUCAGUAUCAAGGUGCGGAUGCAGCGGGAUUAGAAGAUAAAAUCAAACAGCACCUAGAAAACGAUCCUGGAAUCAAUGAGGAUGCCGAUAUUCCAAAGGGAUACAUGGACUUGAUGCCAUUUGUUAAUAAAGCUGGAUGUGAGUGUCUUAAUGAAAGUGAUGAACACGGAUUUGAUAAUUGUUUACGUAAAGACUCUACCUUCUUGGAAUCAGACUGUGAUGAGCAGCUGCUUAUAACAGUAGCUUUUAAUCAACCAGUCAAGCUUUAUUCUAUGAAAUGUCAAGGGCCUGAUAAUGGUCAAGGUCCGAAAUAUGUAAAAAUAUUUAUCAAUCUUCCUCGAUCAAUGGAUUUUGAAGAGGCAGAAAGAAGUGAACCCACUCAGGCUUUGGAACUAACACCAGAUGAUAUUAAAGAAGACAGCAUAAUUCAGCUUCGCUAUGUAAAAUUUCAGAACGUUAACAGUGUAACUUUAUUUGUCCAGUCUAAUCAAGGUGAUGAAGAAACAACAAGAAUUGCAUAUUUUACAUUUAUUGGAACACCAGUUCAAGCAACAAACAUGAAUGAUUUCAAGCGGAUAAUACACAUGGGCCACCUGAGCAUUUCCCCUUCUGAAUGGUGGUAGGAAAAAAAGGAGAAAGCCACUAAGAUGCAACCAAGAUGCUGGAAGGGCCUUAUCACACACUCAGCGUGGGAUUUCACAUUAGCUUCAGCUCAUGGAAGGUCACUCAGCCAUAACCAGAGACUGUCAGUCUGUUCCAUUUUACUGCCAUUACAAAUAAAUCAGUGGAUUUUGUUAAUAUGAGAUUUCACUAAACGUGUUUUCUGUUGUAAUCUUGGAGCCAAAAAAAAAAAAAUUGUAAAUAAAAUCCAUUAAUUUUGUCAAAA